UACCACUCCCACUGUCCUAGCUGGGUGACAAGCUGGCGUGGAUACGGGGGACAUCGUUGAUACAUUAGCAUCCUUCGCUUUUCAGUAGUAUGACUCAAACUGAAUAUUUCAGCUUUGGUAGUAGUGGGUCAUAAACAUGGGUGCGUGUCAUGACAUGACUAUAUUUAGACGAUAUUGAACAAGAAAGCCAGUUAAAUAGGUGUUUUUUUGAACAAGCUUGCUAGUCGACACAUUAGCCAGAUUUAGCUAGCUAUUUUUUCCCGCUGUAAUUAAUUUAGGCUCGUAUAACUUGGAUUUGAAUGCUCAGCGUGGGACAAAUGUGUAGACCAAGCAAGUUGUUAUGCGUGUCCAGUUACAGAAUGAAAUGAAUUAGCUGUGAAUGGGCAUUCGAUUAUAAUCCGGCAACUAAAACGGGAUGGAAGCGGGGUGGAUAGUGUUCGCCGCCUUUCUGUGGGAGUUCCACUGUGCUAUGUGUCGUGAUGUAACCCUUCCACCUGGCCCACUGUACCGUGUGGCAGGGUUCCCCCUAUCGCUGCCAUGCACAGUUUCAGGCUAUGAGGGUUCACGGACACAGGAUUUUGAGUGGUUCUUCUACCGAGAGGAUGCAGGUGCAAAGCAGAUUGGAGUGGUGUCCACACGAGAUAGGGAGUUUCCCUACGCCCCUUUCCAGGCACGAGUGCAGUCAGGAGAGGUCCGGGUGGAAAGGGACUCGGGUGACAAAGCCAGGCUGGUGAUUCAAAGGCUCCGCCCAGACGACCAGGGGCGCUAUGAGUGUUACACGCCAAGCACCGACAUGCGUUACCAAGGCAACUACAGUGCCUCUGUGGAUGUGAAAGUGAUUCCGGACACGUUGCUGAUAACCCACACACGAGUUCUAACGGGCCAGCCUGUCCCGGAGGGGGCGGGACUUCAGUUGACGUGUGCAACCUCUGUUAUGACUGUGCAGCACACUCACGUCUCCCUCACGUUUGGGGUGCGGAGCGGCACGGGCUACGGCUUUCCGGGCCACAACCUGCAUGAGGUCAUGUCCAUCGACCGUGAGCUGUGUGUGGUGCCGGGUAGAGGCAACUCUUACCAGCAGCGGUACACAGACGGUGAGAUCGGUUUGGAGAAGAGGAGUGGAGAGGGAGGCAGAGACAUGUAUGUGCUGAAGAUGAGCGCCCUGGAGCCUGGGGAUUCGGGAUCGUAUUUCUGCGAGGCGGCGCAGUGGAUCUUGGAUCCGUCGUACCAGUGGGAACGCAUUGCUCAGAGGACCAUGGAGCUGGGCAACCUCUCUGUACAGCCUCUAGCGGGCACGCUGGCUGUGGUUGUGGAGCCGGCCGGCGAGGUGUCCCUGCAGCCCGGCUCUCCUCUCAGCCUGGCAUGCCAGGUGACUGGCGCAGGCUGGUGGAACCGCUCCGCGCUGCUGGUCCAGUGGAUGCGGCGUGGCCCUGCAGGCGGCGUGGAGGUGGAGGUGGCUCGGAUGGACCCUGAUGGGGUUGUGAGCUGGGGUGACGAUGCCAGCAAGGGAGGUGGGGGCAGCAUGGAGAAGGAGGCAGAGGGCAGGUUCACCCUGCGGCGUUUCUCCGUCCACCCGCUCGACGCUGGCACCUACCGCUGCGCAGUAAGCGUGUAUGCCGGCAGGCCCACUCCGGGAGCAUCCAGCCCCGCCACCAUCACGCAGAGAUCAGAAGGUGUAUUGGUCAGCCUUAGGACUAAGGAGCACAGCGUGUCUGCCACUAUCAAGAUGCCACAUCAAGUGAUCCCAAAGCGUGGCAGCACUGUCACCUUGUUGUGUAACGUCUCUGUGGUGACCAUGGGCCCCAACCAGGUGGAAGUGCGAUGGCUGCAAAAGAAGGUGGAGUCUGACGGGAAAGGGGACACACCCCCGGUAGAAUCAAAAGGCAGUCUUCUAGCAACUCUGACCUAUGAUGGAAUGGCUCAUAUCUACAAUAAUGGAAGUGAUUUGAGCAUCGACCGAAUCUCUGCCAGUGUCUACAGGCUAAGGGUCUUUUCAGCACAUGAAGAUGACCAAGGCCAUUACCUGUGCCAGGCAGAGGUGUGGGCACAGGACCCCCACGGACGAUGGUACAACACGGGUGCCCAGGCAGUGUCAUCCACAGUGCACGUUUACCUGUAUGCACGAGUUGUUGACCUCCUCCUUAUACCGCUGGUGAUUGGAGUAUCCUGUGCCCUGUUUAUUGGAGUGUUCAUCAUUGCCACGGUAACGUGCUGCUUCAUGAAGCGACUGGCCAGGCAGCGCUCCCGAAUAAAGAAGUAGGAAUUUGACCUAUGUCCCUGCAGAUCUUACUGGGAGCUGAACAAAUGACACAAGUCAGAGAGAGUAUAUAUUUGUGUACUUGAUGGAGGAAUGAAGAAUACUGAUUCAUGCUGGCAGGCUUGAGCUAUAAGUGUACAGUGAAGAGACAAUUACAUUGCAGCAUUUCACUCCUGAUGCCUGACUGGAAGCGCGAGACAGCUCUUUCGUGCUAUUUUACGCAUGCAAUCACCCAUUGGACUGUUGAAGAGUAACUCACUUUCACUCAGUUUCUGUUGGCCUAACUUUUAAGGUUACAUACGUUUAAGCUCUUACAGGACACACAGAUGGCCAAAUUCACCUUUUUGUAGUUUUUAUUUUUCUUCAGUCCCCCUGCCCAAGGAUGAACCACUUUACAAUAGAUUUUUUGUGUGUGUGUGUGUUUACUGUUAUGUGCUCUGAUAUGUUAAUGAAAUCCUGGUUUUAGUGUGAGAAACCUUUACUUGGAGGUCUAAUGCAUGGCAUUAGCGUUUUACCAUUGUUUUUAAUGGUAUUUAUGGAAAAGUGGAACCACCCAGACUGUUGCACUGAAUCCUGCAGAUUUAAAGUUAAGCCCUUCCAGGUGCUUAGCCAUGGUCUGCCCACACACUGUUCCUGCACUCUGUCCAGUAAUCAGGCAAGCCCUUUAUGCUACAAACUCAUUUUGAGUGGGUUCAAUAGACUAAAUACUAUAUGUGUGGCUACCCUAUUGUGUAGAAAUGAAGUUAGAACCAUUUAAAGAAGAAAAACAAGGGAGAGUUUGAGUUGUAGACAUAGAGCUUUCAACUCCUUGCUGUGAAAUAAACUCAUCUGGAAUGAA